GAGUUUGGAGUAAUGGAGGAGGAAAAGCAGCAGCCUCACCAGCAACCAACACCAACUUUGCCGUUGCCAAGGUUUUACGGGCAGUUGGGUGGAUCGAACGACGGGGCUGGGAAGAGUGAAUGGCCGGAGCUUGUAGGAAAAAGUGCAGAGGAAGCAGAGAGGAAGAUAAAAGAAGAAAUGCCAGGAGCUAAGAUACACGUGGUUCCAUCGGAUCACUAUAUCACAAUGGAUUUCAGGCUCGAACGCGUUCGAUUAUUCGUUGACUCUGCUGGAAUUGUUGAAAAAGUUCCCAGAACUGGCUAACAUAUAUAUAUAUAUAUAUAUAUGUGUUUAUCUCUCUCUCUCUGUCACAAACACCUACGUGAAUCUUUUUUUUUUUCCAAAUAAAGUCAUCUUGUUGUUUAUUUGGAAUUUCAUGGUUACAUUAUGUGUGUACAUAUAUAUAUAUAUAUAUAUAUGCUGGGGUUACUCUGUUUCUCUUGUCUCUUCUCUUCGUUUUUUCAACCAGCAGGAACCUAUUUGCUUCCCUCCAUUAUCGACUUCAGUGCCCAACGGAAGAAGAUAAAGAUCUUACCAAAACGCACCGUUUCAGCAAGAUGGGAGGCGGUAUCAGGUCCGGGUCGGGUCAGCCCAUAGGCCAGGUCGUUUUUCUUAUGUUGGUUGGAUUGGUUUUAAUCUAGAUGGACUUCGGGUUUUCUGACGGGCUUGGACUUUAAAAUGCGUUUUGGGAUGAAAUUGCAUGGAUGUGCUGAACAUGGCAUGCGCCAUGCAUGGUCAUCGCCAACUUAGCGAUGGCAUGAGUCAUCAUCCAUCUCUUGUCGUACGUUAUUCCAUUCGUUUUAUACGCGUAGUAUGUACAUAUCUCUUGUCAUACAUUAAACUUGAGAAAUUAAGUUUAGAAAAAGAGGACUAAUUAACAUAUUUGAGGUCACAUUAAGUUAUUUCAAUGAACGAGUUUCUGUUG